AUGCCAGGUGAGCAAGUGGAUGCAGGUCAAUCUGAAACCUGGGCAAGGGUAUGGGAUGAGCUUCGAUCCCAGCAGUCACUGGCCUCUGUCAUCAAUGAUCCCCUUCGUGGCAGCCGCCUUCUGCGUGGGCAGUGGGAGGGGCUUGGGGAGUUCGUGGAGACUGUGCGGGAGAGCGUUGGGGAGUUGAACGAUCAGCGCGAUGAUGGUGCCAUUGACCCUACUACGGUCGCACGCAUCGAUGAGCUCAUCGGUCAAGUCCCCGAGGUCGCGGAGUUCACGCCUUAUCUGGAGACCUUCGCAGAAGAGUGGGAAGUGUACUACAAGAAUCAUCGCCGCUUACACCGCCGCGGACAGCAUCAGCUGCUACGCGCGCAGGGCUCCUCCAAAAGCGGUCUUCCAGAGGACGAGGAGAGUGCAGCGCAAGAGGCGCACCUCUCCGUGCCUUUGGACUACUUUUCCGACAGCUUCUCCUUAGAGCAGCACCAGAUCUUCCGGCAGCCACUGGAAAGCGCGGUGGACAUGCAGGAGGAGAUACACUCGCAGCUCUCCGGGUACAUGGAUCUUGUGGAGGUGUCACUCUUCGAGCACAUCCGCAAAGCGCAGCGCUAUCGACUCUUCGACUCCUUAGCUGACCUCAAUGAGCCUCUGCAGCAAGACCUGUCCGGUUCGCUGAGUGUCAUCCGGUCCCUUCGCGGGCAGCUGAAGGAGGUGCAGAAGCUUCAGCUGCAGUGCAGCUUGGAGAUCGGCAAGCUGGAGCGGAGGAAGCGUCGUGUGCACGAUGUUCUGCAGCGUUUGGACUGCCUGGAGCACGUAAGGCAAUGCCGACCGUCCAUUCAGAUGCUCCUCCAGGGCCGCGACUUCAUCACAGCACUGGACCUCAUUGACAGUACGACCUCGGCCUUUGAUGCGAAUCUCCAGGGGGUGGCCAGUGCCACGGCGACCUGGAACCAACUCGAGGACCUCGGUGAGACCUUCGAUCGGGCUGUCGAGGCCGAGUUCGUCCACCACUCUACCGAGGCACUUCUGCAGCCGGCGAUGCCUUCCGAGAACUCCGGUGAGAACGAUGCCGAUGCAGAGGCCGAGGUGCGACUCAGGCGCUUGUGUCAGUGCCUGGCGUCGCGCAACCGCCUGCGCUCGGCUCUCAAUCCCACCUUGCGUGACGUGCUCCUAUCCCAUUUGAAGAAGGCCCUCAAACUCCGUGCCCGGAACUUGUUGGAGGAGCUGGGGACGCAGGGGAGCAGUCUUGAGGUCAACGAGCAGGACGAGCCGGAAGCUGCUGAGGAGAAUCCUGCAUCUUCCCCUCGCCAGGAGGCCGAGACGGCAAGGUCACCCGUGGCAGAGCAGACCGAGGCGCAAUCGUCGCAGGGCCUCCGAAGCGGCGAGCCCGGAGGUGCAGUGGCAGGGAUCUCUUCUGCUCUUUGUGCACUGUCCUUUGACAGCUUCCUGGAGUUUUGGAAGCAGUUGCUGGGCUUGGUACUCGUCAUGGCCAACCACAUGAGCGACUACUCGCUCCGGAUUUACAGCGUCGUGGAAGAGGCCAAGACCCGGCAGACGGAUGAGACAGCUGCCAAGUUGCUGCUGGAGGUCAUAGCUGUGGAGCUUCAGAGGCUUCAGGAGGUGACGGUGACACAGGCCUUCAAGAUUGCGGGUGCGUUGCUCCAGGCUCGGAAGGCCGAGCAUCAAGGGCUGAAAAUGGUCGACUGGAAUCUCUUCUUGGACUCCACGCAGACCAUGCUCGGCCAGGUGCAGGAGGUGCAGAAGCAGUGCUACCAAAAGAUGAAGCUCAAUGAUGCAUCUGGGGCGGUAGAUGUCCAUGCGGGGCUGCGCGCCACCAUGAACGCCCAGACGAAGAGCAUCAUCGAGGAGUUUCACCAGAAGUGCAUGGUGCAAACGAAACAGGUACUUGAGCAGGAGAGAUGGGAACGCACCGAUGUUCCUGUUCAGUACCGGCGAAUCGUCAACCGCCUCCUUGGUGCUGACAGCCUGUCAGCACCGCAGGGUGAUGGUAGUCAAGCGGAGGAGGGUCUCACCCCGUCCGCGCAGUCGGUGGAGCGAUACUUGCACGUUGAGGGCACCCACUUCUUGGUCGUCCCUGCAGUGCUAACCUUGGUUCAGCUGCUCGGGGAUUAUGUCAGCCUCUGCCAUGACUUCAGUGACAUGAUGGCAGAGAUUGUGCAACGCAUGUGCCAGCUCCUGCGGCUCUUCAACAUGCGGGCACAGAAGCUGGUGCUCAACGGCCAGGCCGUGCAGCACAAGGUGCUUCCGAAGAUUACCGCCGCGAACUUGGCCCUUUGCAGCCAGUGCUGCGCCGUGGUGAUGCAACUCCUUCCGUUGCUCCAGACCCGCCUCAAUGAGAUCUCUCGCAGCGCCCACGGCGAGGCGCGCGGAGCCAUGGUCGCGGCAUUGCUCAGUGACCUCUCCAAGAUAGUCACAGAGUACACCGAGCAUCGGACGGCACUCUUCGGGAAGCUCAGCGAUCUUCUCAAAAAUGCCUACGAGAACCAUGCCAAGAGGUGGCUCGGUGCACCACAUGGGCGGCAAGGCGAUCCGAGCCUUUUUCAGGGCGAGGAUGCCGUCGCGAGGCUGCAAAAGAGCGAGUCCAUUGCGAAUGGCCACGAAGCUCUGGAAGGUCUCGUGAAGGACGUCACCGCCAUGUACCGAGUCCUACUGCGGAAUCUCAACUACGACAGUGUGAGGCGGAUCUUUGCACGCGCGUUCGAGGACAUCGCCUCCGUGUUUCAGCAGAGGUUGGAUCAAGACAUUGCGGCCCCUUCGACGAACUACUCCGACGGUGUUGGCUGCUCGCUUGGCGACCGGCUGCUGCUAGACUUUGCUUACCUCUACACAGAGCUGGAGAAGCUCACAGGUAUCACCACGCCGCUCGAGCGGCUUGUGUGCGAUUUGGUCCAGCAUCUUCUGACAAAGCUUCCGGAGGAUGCGUUGAGAAGACCACAUCCGAUAGUGCUCGAGGUUCUUCGGAGCUCCGGGCGUCUGCCGAGAUAG